CAAAGAGCAGGUCCACCUCCCCAUGCGAUGUGCAGCAGGUCGGUGAGCAGCAACAGUAAUCUCAGCAUUUAGAUAUUCAAGCUGCUUGGCGAGUUAACUAAGUCCGCUACAGUUUUAUUUUAUUUUAUGAUUUUUAUGCGGGUGUUUUCAUUCACUCACUGCUCACUCCCCUCCAUCCUCUCCAGCUUCAACAUCUGUGAAGUGGCUGCCUCACCCGGUCGGACCGGAGGCCGUCUGGUCUCCGAUCUGGUCUCAGGAGUCACCAGGGGAGACUCGACGCGCUCCGUUGGGGCCAGGCUGUGUGCCUCUCGGAUCACACCGGAGCCGGCGCGGGCUCCCACGAUGGAGAUGAUGGAGGGGGACGUUAUGGACAAGGUGGAGGACAUGUCAUCGGUGUACGACUUUGACCCGAUCACCGGCAACAUUCCGGCCACGAAAGUGGAGAUCACCGUCUCCUGCAGACACCUGCUGGAUAAAGAUACUUUCUCAAAGUCUGAUCCAAUGUGCGUACUGUAUACGCAGGGGGUUGAAACCAAACAGUGGAGAGAGUUUGGCAGGACGGAGGUGAUAGACAACACCCUAAACCCCGACUUUGUUAGAAAGUACAUCUUGGACUACUUUUUUGAGGAGAAACAGAAUCUUCGCUUUGACUUGUAUGAUGUGGACUCUAAAAGCCCAGACCUGUCCAAACAUCCCGCAGAACUCAAUGACUUUUUAGGUCAGAUGUUCUGCACUCUUGGGGAGAUUGUUGGAUCACCAGCCAGUCGACUGGAAAAACCACUGGGAGGGAUUCCUGGGAAGAAAUGUGGCACGAUCAUCCUGACUGCAGAAGAGCUCAGCAACUGUCGAGACAGUGCCACAAUGCAGUUCUGUGCCAACAAACUGGACAAAAAGGACUUUUUUGGCAAGUCUGAUCCUUUCAUGGUUUUCUACAGAAGCAACGAAGAUGGAACGUUUACUAUCUGCCACAAAACAGAGGUGGUGAAGAACACAUUAAAUCCAGUCUGGCAGCCUUUUACCAUUCCAGUAAGAGCACUCUGCAAUGGAGACUAUGACAGAACAAUCAAGGUGGAGGUGUAUGACUGGGACCGGGAUGGCAGCCAUGACUUCAUUGGGGAUUUCACGACCAGCUACCGAGAGCUAGCUCGAGGGCAGAGUCAGUUCAAUGUGUACGAGGUGAUUAAUACAAAGAAGAAAAUGAAGAAAAAGAAAUAUGUUAACUCAGGAACAGUGACCCUACUCUCAUUCUCUGUUGAGUCAGAGUUCACCUUCCUAGAUUACAUCAAAGGAGGGACGCAGAUCAAUUUCACUGUGGCCAUUGAUUUCACAGCAUCUAAUGGUAAUCCCUCGCAGUCUACUUCUCUGCACUACAUGAACCCCUACCAGCUGAAUGCCUACGCCAUGGCCCUGAAGGCAGUUGGGGAAAUCAUUCAGGACUACGACAGUGACAAGAUGUUUCCAGCUUUAGGCUUUGGAGCAAAACUGCCUCCUGAUGGACGUGUUUCUCAUGAGUUCCCACUGAAUGGAAACAUGGAAAAUCCUUAUUGCAACGGCAUUGAAGGCAUCCUAGAGGCAUACCAUCAAAGUCUGAAGACGGUGCAAUUAUACGGGCCAACUAAUUUUGCUCCUGUAGUGAAUCAUGUUGCCAGAUAUGCUGCGGCAGUGCAGGAUGGCUCCCAGUACUUUGUCCUCCUAAUCAUCACAGAUGGUGUUAUUUCAGACAUGGCCCAGACCAAAGAAGCCAUCGUAAAGGCUGCCAAGCUUCCUAUGUCCAUCAUCAUUGUAGGAGUGGGUCAAGCUGAGUUUGACGCUAUGGUGGAGCUGGAUGGUGAUGACAUCAGGAUCUCAUCCCGAGGGAAGCUGGCAGAGAGAGACAUUGUUCAGUUUGUUCCUUUUAGAGACUACAUGGACCGGACAGGAAACCAUGUGUUAAGCAUGGCACGGCUCGCCAAAGACGUGCUAGCAGAAAUCCCCGACCAGUUUAUCUCAUACAUGAAAAGCAGAGGGAUCAAACCCAACCCUGCGCCGCCGCCAUACACUCCGCCUGGACACACACACCACCACACACAAAUCUGAGACCUUUCUCUUUGCAUUUUACUGAGGACAGACAGCAUGCAGCAGCCACUCAGAGUUCAGUGGGAAGUCUCUACCUCCUGAUUUUAUUGUACUUUCUUUGCUGUGAACAGGAGAUAAAGUGGGUGUAAAAUUUUGUGCUGUAUCCUUCCUAUUGGCUACAGAAGCAGGAUUGUUUCUUUUUUUUUUCAGUUUUGUUUGUACUGUGAUAUGUUUCUUUGUAGUCUCCCUUCAGGAGAUGCUGACCCAACUUUUCACGAUUUUCGGGCAGUGACUGUUUCACGUCUUCUUUUGACAGCAGGUUGAUUCAAAGAGGUCAUGUUGUGGUCAAACCUUGUGCCUGUCUGUGCUUGUUUCUCUAAGUGUAUCAGGACAUGUGAACUUGACUCAAGCCCUGCUUGUCACUCAUCAGUGUGGCCUAAUGCAGUGAUAUUUUUUUAGCCACCUUUUCCUUCUCAAAUACGUUUUUAUAUUGGGGGUUGAUCUCCGUUUCUGAAUACAGUUCUAAUGCUUUCCAAAACGACACCACCUCCUUUCCUCUCCUUUACUAAAUGUUUGUAUGACCAUGUUGUAUGAGAUUUAUUUGCAUUUUUUAGAGUGGCAUGGAUAUUUGAUACAUUUUAUUUUGAACAAAAUAAACCUAAUCAAUUUUAGUGAUCACCAAUUUAUUUUUGAGUGACUGAAUAUAAAAGCUAGCACAACAACUGCAAUGACUGUA